AUGGAUACUUCAAGUACAAGUCCUUCCGUCUCGAAGGGGAAACCCAAUGACAAAGAUCAUAGUCUCGUCGAUAUCCACAAUCCUGAUCCACAAGUAGUUGAUAUCGUCAAUAGACAUUUGGUGCAUAGUCCAAAUAAUUUACAAUUACAAGGGGCAGAUGUUACAAGAGAUCUUUACAAGUGGUCUACCGAUCAACAGCAGCUGCCGUUGGAGACGGCAACGGGGACCGUUCCAACAUCACCUAGAGACGAUAUUCAUAGUCCUAUUCCGUUAUCACAAAGAAGAAGAUCUAUAAGUUUCUCUGGUAUGUCAAUUCAAUCGUCUUCUCCGAAUAACUAUCUUUCGGCCGAUGUCCCAGGUACGACAAUGACCCAUGAAGAAAUUCGGGCACCUGGUGGAUUUAGGAGAUCAUUCAUCUUAAGGCAGCAUGAGAGAAAAUACGGUGCUACUGCACCACCACCAAAUUUUUUCACACGCAAUUUCAUUGAGUUUCUUACGUUAUAUGGUCAUUUUGCGGGUCAAGAUCUAGGAGAAGAUGAAGACGAAGACGAAUACGAAGACGGGCGAGGCCAUGAAGAUGAAGAAUCAGUUCUGUUAGAACGUGUUCCAACAAGAGAUAGUAAAAAGCAACAACGUAAGGCUACUACUUUCAAGGCCAUUUUACUUUUAUUGAAAUCCUUUGUGGGGACAGGUGUACUUUUCUUACCAAGAGCAUUUCAUAAUGGUGGUUGGGCAUUUAGUACUGGAUGCCUAUUAUUCUGCGCGAUAGCAUCAUCGCUGGCUUUUGUGCUUUUGAUUAAAACAAAGGAUAAGGUUGGUGUAAGUGGGUAUGGUGAUUUGGGUAAGGCUCUUUAUGGACCUAAAGUUGAAUUCUCGAUUCUUUUCUCUAUUGCGCUUUCACAACUAGGAUUUUCUGCUGCUUAUACAGUUUUUACAGCUACGAAUUUAAAAGUAUUUUUUGAAAAUGCUUUCAAUUUCCCUGCGGAUUCCGUUCCUCUGAGUGCUUAUAUCAUUUUACAAGCACUAAUUUUCAUUCCCCUGUCGUUGACAAGAAACAUUACCAAACUAAGUGGUACGGCUCUAAUAGCAGACCUGUUCAUCCUUUUGGGUUUACUAUACGUCUAUUACUAUCCUGCACUCUAUAUCGCUAAACAUGGUAUCGCUACAGAUUCUGUGCUUUUCUUCAAUCGUUCAGAUUGGUCACUUUUCAUUGGUACCGCAAUCUUCACUUUUGAAGGUAUUGGACUUCUAAUCCCCAUUCAAGAAAGUAUGAAGAAACCGGAACAUUUUUAUCCUUCGCUUGGGUUUGUCAUGUCUAUUGUAACUUUCAUUUUCGUCUCUAGUGGAUUGUUGUGUUAUCUUGCAUUUGGUGCUAAAGUGGAAACAGUGGUAUUAUUAAAUUUCCCUCAAGAUAGUAUUGCUACAAUAUCAGUACAACUGAUCUACUCAUUAGCAAUACUUUUGUCUACACCUUUACAACUUUUCCCGGCAAUUCGUAUUUUUGAGACUUGGACUUUCCCUUCAAAUGCAUCUGGUAAGCACAAUCAUCGUGUCAAAUGGUUGAAAAACUAUUUCCGCACAGGUGUGGUUAUUUUCACGGCACUCUUAGCUUGGGUUGGAGCUAACGAUUUGGACAAAUUUGUUUCCCUUGUCGGGUCCUUUGCAUGCAUUCCCCUAAUCUACAUUUAUCCACCACUUCUACAUCUAAAAUCAUCUGAUACACAGACAUCCAAAUUCAUAAUACUGGGUGACUUGCUCAUUUUUUUCUUCGGUGUAGGAGUUAUGGCGUACACUUCAUACCAGAACAUCGUACUGUGGGGCAAUUAA